GCAAUUUUGUGAAUAACAGGAAGCGGCAAUUUUGUUUCGUAACGAACGUUGUUCCUCACUAGAUAGGUGAUGCUGAUAAGAAAGAUAACGUAACGCUCUUCUGUGUGGUAUUGUAGUGCCGUUGUAUAGUGCUGUCGAAGAUGUCUUGUGGAGAUUCACCUGGCGAUGAACAGCGAUGGGUUAUACAAAAUAUGAACAGAACACAUUCAGCAUUUGAUAAUGAUGGCGAGAAGACUUGGAAAGGACCAUACUAUUUCAUUCAGACUGCUGAUAUUCAGUUUGGGCUGAUUGACCGUUACAUUUUGAAACUAACAAAUCCAGGUUGGGAGAAAGAAAUUGAAUUAGCUGAAAAAUCAGUAGAAAAAAUCAAUAGUCUGACACCUAAGCCAAAAUUUGUUGUUAUGUGUGGAGAUUUGUGUGAUGCUGUGCCAGGUGGUGAUCCUGAUGUAUACAAAAGGCAAAUUGCAACCUUCAAAAGAAUAUUCAGCAAGCUGAACCCUGAAAUACCUAUGGUUUGUGUUUGUGGGAAUCAUGAUGUUGGUGACCAUCCUACUAAAGAAACAAUGAAAAUGUUCCACUCAAACUGGGGCGAUGAUUACUUCUCCUUCUGGUGUGCUGGUAUCCUGUACAUUUCCUUGAACAGCCAGUAUUACUAUGAUCCUUCUGGUGUCCCUGAAGAAGCCGAGGCACAAGAAGUGUGGCUUGACAAAGUUUUAUCUGGUGUGAAGCGAGGCAGAGCUGUUGUCUUCAUGCACAUUCCACCAUUUAUAAACAGUCCUGAUGAAACAGACAUUGGGUACUUCUCACUUGCACCAGAACCACGCAAGAAGCUUCUGGAUAAACUUAUGUCUGCAGGUGUUAAGAUGGUGUUCUGUGGUCAUUUACAUCGCAAUGCUGGAGGAUUCUACAAGGAUAUGGAAAUAAUUGUAACUUCUGCAAUGGGAGGACAACUGGGUACUGAUUUACCUGGAUUCAGAGUUGUUAAUGUCAAAAGUGAUGCUAUCACCCAUACUUAUUUUGAUCUUGAUAAUGUUCCAAAAGAAGUCACAGUGUAGCACAGUGUCAGUCUUAAUGAUAAGCUGUGUGAAGAGUUUGGAUGAGACACACAUUGCAAUGCAUUUUGUGGCAACCUUUCUCCAAAGGCUUUGUCAAUAUAUGUUGGAACAUUUGCUUCUUUCUUUCUUUCAAUAAGAUGAAUUAUUUUGAUGUUGACAAAUGUAAUCCUUGUAUGUCACUAUAAAAAAGAAAAAAGUAAAGAUUACAAGGGGGAAAAGUGAAACAUA